AUGUCUAAUUCACUUUCUUCUCGAUCUAACCAUGAGGAUAGAUGGGCUUGGUUAGACCUCAGUGAUGAUGUUUCGCGUUCAGUUACACCCAUGGUUUCUUCAACUUCUGAUGACUCCACCGAAAGAUCGGAGUGUGGUCUUGAUGGUGAUGGCGAUCGAUCGACAUCACCUUCUACGAGUCCAACCAGUCCCGCCACAGCCCUUACUCGAUCUAGUCAUUCGAGCGGAGGCCAAAUCCAGUCUGCCAAAUUCUUUCGUACUGCCCGCAAUCCCUAUCCACCUUUAAGCUUUCCAAAAAUUCGUGAUAGAUAUCAAAAGGGACCAAUUAAUCGCACUGCACCGUCCCCGAAUGUCUACAUACGACCUUUGCCUCCUUCUUUUACGGAUGGUGAUCUAGAAAAACUUUGUACUUCCGCCACUUUGAAACUCAGCUCAGCUGCUAGACAUAAAAUCCUCAGUGUCAAAGUGAUGGUAGAAGAAGGUGAUACCUCGAAAAUCGGUGUCUGUAAAGGUUAUGGUUUUUGCCUCUGGUCUAGCACUCAGGCUGCUUCGAUUUGUAUCGAUGGUCUGCGAGGUGAGGGUUACCAGGCUAGCUUUGCGCGCGAAACUUCGAGAGGAAUGCUUUCCAGUCUUGCUGACCCGUCAAGCGCCAACGUCUACCUUUCGAAUUUACCGCAUCACUGGGUUGAGCAGGAUUUAAUUGCUCUUUUCGGAGACACACCCAUCUCCUCUAUCCGCCUUCUGCGCGAGCGCGACGACGAAAACAUGGGCGCUUCUGGUACUAAUCGUGGCGUCGGCUUUGUCAGUCGCAAGUUAGCCCUCCAUUUCGUUCAGGCGCUACACGGCUUAGCGGUCGAUGGAACAGACCAUCACAUACAAUGUAGAAUGGCUGAUAGCAAAGCCCAAAAGGAAUGGAAACGAACUGCGCGCUCUCGCCAUGAUCUUGAUCCUUUCGAAAACAUCAAUUCACCUGACUUGAAAGUGCAUCCCAAUUUGAAGUUUUUCUCCGAGACUAGCAACAAAAACCAGCGAAUCGACAUAACCUCCCCGAUCAGUUCUAUCAGAAGUCCACAGGAUAGUAUGAGUCCUUUCUCUGGUACCUUCAGCUCAACGCAUGACGGUCAACCAGCUUCUCUCACCGCCACAGCCCCUCCUUUUGUCAUGCCUAUGUUGUCAUCACCUUUCGAAACAUCUAUGUCUAGUCCAUCGGAACCAUCGAGCCUCAACGCAACCCCUCCCGCCCCUCCUCCCACCUCACUACCCAUCUUGAAUGAUCAUCACAACCAUGCAUACCACCCACCUGGUGCUCCUCUUAGUUUUUCUCCGCCCACCUGGUACCAUACCAAUAUGUCCUAUUCUCAAGCCAGUUUCGUUACACCGUGCAGUCCACAAUUUCCGCCCAACGACCAGUUCAUGAGACCACAAUCUGGUAACACUGCAAUCAAUUUCUUUUAUGUAUCUGGAGAUCCUCAACAACAGAACUACUCCCAUGACUUGCAGAUGUACCCAGCCGAUCCUUACUCUUGGGAGGCGGUCAGACCUCAAAUAUAUGCGCCUACCACGACUGAAUCACAUCCCUCACCUGGAAUUUGCUUCAGUGGACCCUUCGUCAUGCCAAGUCCCACUCAAGGGACCGAUCAAGCUCGCUUCGAGACUCAAGGAGUCAUUGAUUCUGAAUCUGAGGCACACGAAUAA